AUGCCGCCACGCAAGGUCAUCCCCGCCAAGCGUCCCGCUUCAGACGACGCAUCGUCGGUCGGUACGCCCCCACGCCUGGCGAACGCAAGAAAGCAUCCAGAUAUGCCCAAAGGCGCGCCACCCUGCCCGGACCUCUCCAAGUCCUUCACUAAGCGUUUCGAGACCUUCCUGUGUCCCGAAUGCCCCGUCGGCGCCGAGGCCGCCUACAUGUUCGCGGCCUGCGGGUUCUGCUGGAAGGACAGCGGCGAGCCCGUCGAGUGCUCGAGUUGCGCGAAGCCACCCCUCUCCGGCCUGAGCAAGCCCGCUACCUUAUUCGACUUCUGGCCUGAUCACGCGGCCGGCUGCCCGUUCAAAUCCGAUUUCUGGCAGUGCCAGACGUGCAAGAAGGAGUUCGACCACCCCGGAGAGUUGGAGAAGCACCACGACCACGACCACCGGAUUCCGCUCCUGCUCCACUCGCUUGCUGGAUUCAAGAGAGACGCCAUGGUGGCGAGGGAGAUUUCUGGUCCUCAUUCUGCCAGCACCGAGAUCACUGUCGGCGAAGCUGGCCCCUCGGGCUGUGCAACGGGUGACAGGCAUACCCGCGUCACAGUCAACUACGACCCGACUCGGAAGCGCAUUCUGCUCUGGAAAUGCGGUAGAUGGGACACGGAGGCUGAGGAUGACAGGGUCUAUUCGGCCGCAGAGGUCCUGGCCCAACUCCCCCAUCUGGGACAUCGGUAUCCCGAGCUGGACCAGACGACUUGGCAUGUGGGCAAGGUAUCUCUUGCUUUUGUCUCCAGGAUGCUGGAUGAGGAAGUUGAGAAGGUGCUCCAUGACAUUCGUAGUCUGAAUGCCAUGCUGUCAACGGGAUGA